UGGAUUUCCGGUCGUUCCCAGAAGCGGAAGUAGCACACGGAGCGUGUCACACGUGUUUAAUAACAUCGCGAAAAUGGUGAAAAACGGGCAGUUUAAACAGAAAUCAAAGUUUAAAUCUUCAGCGAAACAGAGGAAAUGUGUGCUGAUGUUCGACGAUAAAGACAGACAAGAAUUCCUGACGGGAUUCCACAAGAGGAAAGUGGAGCGGCGUAAAUUGGCACUGAUUGAGAUGAAGAACAGGCUGAAGGAGGAGCAGAAGAGAGUCCGCGAGGAGAGACACAAAGAAUACACGAAGAUGCUGAAGGAGCGACGGGAAGCUCUGGAUGAGGCAGAUGAACUGGAAGACGCGAUCACCGCGACCAGCGAGUGCGUUCAGUACGAUCACCCCAACCACACCGUUACCGUGACGACCAUCAGUGACCUGGACCUAUCAGGAGAGAGAUUACUGGAGCCAGAAAGAGUGCAGGAUGCUGAAGACGGGGAGGAAGGUAAGGAUGAAGAGAAAGUGACGGCUCUUCCAAAGAAAUCCGGGAACCCCAUCCUCUCUAAAAAGAUUCAGUCGCUUACGGCGUCGCUGCAUCUUUACACUAAACGGACGAAAAAGAGCAAACAGAAGCACAAUGGGAAACAGGAAAUGAGGCGUCGAAAUGGGCAGGGUGACAGGAAGUCAUUCACUCAAGACAACAAGCUCCGCCUCGGCAGAACCACCAAGAAAGAGCGACGCAGACGGACAGGCAGGAAGAGGCGGGGUGAGGACUGAGCCCCGCCCACUGACUCCCAUUUAACCCGUUUUAUUGGGUCAGAAUGACCCAAGACACCAGCACACGCUCGAUGAACUGACCGUUAACUCCGUGUUUGUAUUUACUUAAAGAGACAUUAAAAAGAGAUCUUUUCCAUCUUGAUGUGUUGCAUUUAAUGUCUUUUUAUGUUUUCGGAGCCUGUUGAUAUCAGGACAUGAGAGUAUGAAUGAGGGUCAUCAAUCGAUUCCAAUUUUUACAAAUUACGGAUUAAUAACAUAAUUAAAAUAAUCACAUGUAUCAGUAUUUGCUAAGAAAGGCCUACAAAUAAAGGUAACUCAAUAUAAUCCAUAAUAAUUAAAAUCAUUAUAAAUAUAUGAACUAUUAUAAUUCAGAUGUAUUGCAGUAUUUUGACUCAAGUCAAUUUUAUUUGUAUAGGGCCUUUCACAACACACAUCGUUUCACAGCAACUUUACAGAUGAUAAAACUAUAAUGUUGAUGAAUCAUCAUUGUGUAUUUAGAUAAUAUAUGAUUGUUAAUCGUGUUUAAAAAUAAGUAAUUAAAUAAUAAUUGUAUUAAUAACCCAAGUGAGCAGCUGAAAGCGACUGAAGGAACACAAAACUCCAUAAAAUGUUGAUUAAUGGAGAAAAAUAACCUUGGGAGAAACCAGACUCACUGUGGGGGCCAGUUCCCCUCUGACUAACCCCACCCUAACCCUAAACCAGACUCACUGUGGGGGCCAGUUCCCCUCCGACUAACCCCACCCUAACCCUAAACCAGACUCACUGUGGGGGCCAGUUCCCCUCUGACUAACCCCACCCUAACCCUAAACCAGACUCACUGUGGGGGCCAGUUCCCCUCUGACUAACCCCACCCUAACCCUAAACCAGACUCACUGUGGGGGUCAGUUCCCCUCUGUCUAACCCCACCCUAACCCUAAACCAGACUCACUGUGGGGGUCAGUUCCCCUCUGUCUAACCCCACCCUAACCCUAAACCAGACUCACUGUGGGGGUCAGUUCCCCUCUGGCUGACCCCACCCUAACCCUAAACCAGACUCACUGUGGGGGUCAGUUCCCCUCUGUCUAACCCCACCCUAACCCUAAACCAGACUCACUGUGGGGGUCAGUUCCCCUCUGGCUAAACCCACCCUAACCCUAAACCAGACUCACUGUGGGGGCCAGUUCCCCUCUGGCUAACCCCACCCUAACCCUAAACCAGACUCACUGUGGGGGCCAGUUCCCCUCUGACCAACCCCACCCUAACCCUAAACCAGACUCACUGUGGGGGCCAGUUCCCCUCUGAUUAACCCCACCCUAACCCUAAACCAGACUCACUGUGGGGGCCAGUUCCCCUCUGACCAACCCCACCCUAAACCAGACUCACUGUGGGGGCCAGUUCCCCGCUGACCAACCCCACCCUAAACCAGACUCACUGUGGGGGCCAGUUCCCCUCUGACCAACCCCACCCAAACCCUAAACCAGACUCACUGUGGGGGCCAGUUCCCCUCUGACCAACCCCACCCUAACCCUAAACCAGACUCACUGUGGGGGCCAGUUCCCCUCUGACCAACCCCAUCCUAAACCAGACUCACUGUGGGGGCCAGUUCCCCUCUGACCAACCCCACCCAAACCCUAAA